UUGGGACAACUUCAUCCACGAUCAUCAUGAACCGAUUGAAUUUACUCUUCAUUUUCGGCUUCAUUGCCAGUACUUUGGCAGAAGUAGAACAGAAGAAGCAGCCAGAAAAAAGAGGAGUUCUUGGUGGUGGAAUAGGUUUGGGAUCAGGCCUCUAUGGUAGUAGUUAUGGGUAUGGCGGAAGCUACGGAGACUAUGGAAGUGGAUAUGGGUACGGAUCUGGCCUUGGAGCUGGAUAUGGAUCAGGAAUAGGCUUCUCUGGAAUUGGUUCAGGAGUAGGACUAACUUCGGGUCUUGGCAUCGGUUCAGGAAUAGGCUUGAGUUCUGGCAUUGGACUGGGUUCUGGAAUUGGUUUGGGUUCAGGCAUUGGUUUAGGUUCUGGAAUAGGUUUAGGUACAGGUCUUGGUUUGGGUUCUGGACUUGGAUACGGCGGAGGAGUCAGACACGUUACCAGUGUUCAUCCGGUGCCUCAUCCUGUGAGUGUACCUGUCGACCGUCCAGUUCCUGUUCCAGUUUCCCACCCAGUUCCAGUACCAGUCGAUAGGCCAGUACCUGUUCCAGUCAGCCGCCCUGUUCCUGUUCCUGUGGAAAGACCUUACCCAGUACCAAUCGUAAGGCCUGUACCCGUUCCAGUUCCACAUCCAGUUUCAGUUCCAGUAUCUAGACCAGUUCCAGUUCCAGUACCAUCUCCUGUUCCAGUACCAGUCGUCACUAACGUUCCUGUUCCUGUAUCACAGCCAGUACCUGUUUCAGUUGGAGCCACACCUAUCGCUGUUGGUUCCGGCAUUGGCCUUGGUUCCGGCAUUGGCCUUGGUUCCGGCAUCGGCCUUGGUUCCGGAAUCGGUCUUGGUUCGGGCUAUGGUCUCGGCUCCGGCUAUGGAUUAGGCUCCGGCUAUGGAUUAGGCUCCGGCUAUGGAUUAGGAUCUGGAGUCAUCUCUGGAGGAUCCAGCUUGUACGGCGGCGGCCUGUACAGCAGCGGACUCUACGGCGGUGGUGUUAGUUCAGGACAUUAUGGUAGUGGCUUCAGCUCUGGACUCUAUGCAGGUGGCGUCAGCUCUGGGCUGGGAAGUUCUUUCCUCGCACACAAAGCCGCCGCUCAUGCUGCCCUGGGGCAUUAA